UCCACAUGCAAUGCCUCAUUGCCUUGUCUUCAUAUAUUUGUCUCACCAAUGCAUUCAUUCAUUUUACCUUGAUUCACACGUAACCACCCUCUCAUCUCGUUGACUUUAAUAUAACCUUCACUAAUAAGCCAUUCGAAUUCUAUUAUUAUCUCAAGAACAAGGUGGUACUAUUUGAUAAUAAGAUGAGCAACCCUGCAGUUAAUUCCCCUGGAUUCCUUGGCUCAAGCAACAUCAGUGGCUAUAGCUAUGGCAUAGGAAUUUCCGUAGGGAUUCUCUUGCUCAUCAUGACAAUCACUCUAACAUCCUACUUCUGCACCAGAACACGUGUCUCAACUACUGCUCCAGAUACUAGGAAUAGGAGGAGAAACAACCCUAAUGAACUUCAACCACAUCACUCUAUAGUUGAUGUAAGUCUAGAUGAAGCAACGAUUCUAAGUUAUCCAACGCUUCUGUACUCUGAAGCCAAGCUCAAGAAGGGUGAUUCCACUGCAACGUGUUGCUCCAUAUGUCUUGCGGAUUACAAGGGUAGUGAUGCGCUUCGAGUGCUACCUGAUUGUGGCCACCAGUUCCACCUCAAGUGCAUAGACCCGUGGUUGAGAUUGCAUCCUACUUGUCCAGUUUGCAGAACUUCUCCCAUUCCAACGCCACUCUCAACUCCUCUCGCUGAAGUUGUUCCAUUAGCAACCACACAGGAUUCAUAGCUACAACACCACCAGAAUUUUGACUCAACUUAUAUCACUCAUUCAAAAAAAUACAAUUGCCAUGUAUGUAUCCAUACAGGAUUUUUUUUUCUUGCUACUUAAAUUGCUUGAUCCUUUACUUGAUUUUUUUUCUUCUUCUGUAACCUUCUUAUGAGAAAAAAAAAAAAAAAAAAA